AUAAGAUGAAAACAAAUAAUGUGAAAAAGCUUGUUGCGGUUCAUAUUUUAACUGUGUGCAUUGCUUUUCCUCAGACAAAUCCUUUGGAAGGUGAAUUGGUGAUGAUUUCCUAGUACCUGAAUUGUUAAGGGUACUUACCCCACUUCAAAGCAGCAAUGUUGCCAUGUGUAAAUGAUGUCGUAGUUACAGGAUAGAAGUCUUCUGUAAGGUUUUCAGGUAGGGAUAAUGGCAAACUCAGGGAAAGUUCUCCACUUGUAUGUGGAGGUAAGAUCUGUGGCUGAUGAAGAGGGGAAAGAGUUGAAAAAUAUGGAAGGGACUCACUCCCUAGUGAUACAUGGGCCUGAUGUUUUCCCCCAACCUCAGCAUGGAUCCCUGAAUACUCCACAUGGUUUAGUGCCUCCACCGGGAGAUCUACAUAAAGUGGGCAACUGCACACAUGGCCUUUUCACCAGAAAAUCUAAAUCCAGACAUCCAGUCAGCUUACAGAACCAUCCAGGCCAAGGAGAACAGACCUCCUCUCAACAUGGACAGAACUUGCCAUAUGAAGAGGUAUAUCAAUUACUCUCUGCCCUUCAACCAAAGCUUAAAGGAGGUGCAGGCAAUCUGACACGAACUUGCUCUACUGAGAACGAGCCAUUAACUGUGAGGGACUCUAGAAUUUAUGGACAUUCUACUGCCCCACCUACACCUAGUGGUGCUCGAAGGUCCUAUGGACAAGUGGAUGAAGGAAAACGAUCAGUUGUUACAUACAGCUAUAUUGAGAAAGCUAAUAUCAGGUCUGUGGGUGGUCAUAAUAGCAUAUUAUGCCAAAAUGAGCCAGAUAACCCAUUCAGGAAAGCUUUUAAUGAUCAAACCAAUAACUUUCACUUCAGUGAAAAUUUCACCAGUCCAGCAGGGUACAACAGGCAGGAAAUGCGUUGUAACUCCAACUCAAAAAGUACCUUAACAGGCUCAGUGAUCAAUCCAAAGAAUUGCUCCAGUCUCCAGCAUACUACGUUAAACUCAAUUGCAAGAAAUGCUACCCAUCAUGCUUUGGAAGAGUUUGGAUCCCCACAGCUCAGAUGCCAGCUGGCAACUGCCAACCAUCCUGAUAGAAGUUAUAGUACUCUGCACAGAGAACAGCCCCGCUGUCACUCAUGGUCUGGAUCUCCUGUGGUGCCACGUACUGCUAGAACUUUGCCUGUUAAUGCACAUCUAACAGAUCUUUAUCACCACAGGCUUCUGCAUGGUAUUCCAAGUAGCCUGGCAGCUCACAAGCUCUCUAGUGAUGCUAGACAGCCCUACACCAUGUCAUGCUCUAUCAAUGGUCAAUCUCCAAGCCAGUGGAAGAGUGAUGAGACUCUGAGGCAAGAGUAUAGACAUAGCGUAAUUUUGCCAUCCAGCAGGCCCACAUCUAUUCAACAUCAAACACUGGAAAAAAACAUCACUCAACCACCACACAACCAGACAGUAGGUCAAAAAUCAAGUCAAAGUCCUCCAGAAAUCAACAAGGUUCAUUUUAGCUUAACUUCAUCAUCAAACCAGCCACUUUCCAGUGGCAGCAAACUGAGCACUGAGAAGAGUAUCUUGCCAAUGACAAGUGUUGAAAUGCCUCCUAUUUUAGUAGAAGAACCCACUAAGAUGUUCAAACUUUUGGAAAACAGGAUGACAUAUUCCCCUACCCCAUCAAUAUCAGAGACUGUAAAGUCAGACAGUACCAGGUCGGGGCAUCAGUCUACAGAAGAGAUUUUCACAAGAACCUCCUCAGAGACCAAUCUCUUUGCACAUGAGAAACACUGCGAAAAGGAGCCUGCUCAGACAAUGUACCCUUCAGGGUGGGCUUCCCCACAUUUCUCCUACAAAGGAAGCAGAUCCCCUGCAUGUUGUGCUAGUUUGCACAAAGUGGGUGUAUUACCUACAUCUGCAAUCCAAGAACCACAGGAGAUAAGAGUAAUUCCAGAGAAAAACAGUCCUGUUUCAUAUCAACACCAACUGCUCCAAUGUACUGGAAACCAUAACAUACCCAGACAAGAAGACAGAAACUAUAAUGGAGAGUAUGGCUGUGGUCUUAGAGACAGUCCAGAUAUGAUGAGACACUGCACGCAAUCUAACACUAACAUACCAGUCAAAUCAACCUCUCAAAAUCACUGGAGAGAACCACAUUUCUCAAGAGUUAGGGGGAAGUCCAAUAAGGAGAGCUCAUCUGAAGCUGAAGAGUUAUUAGUCAUGCCCUUGGUUAUAGACAAAGAGAGCAGAAAUGACUCAACUGUCCUGAGCUGUGAUGAUACGCACUUUAUGGCGGCAGCACCAAAAGAGAUAGGUGAAGUCCUGACAUAUGGGGAGCAGAGUAGUGCCCUUUCCCAAAGUUCCAGUGGAGUUACAGGCAGUCUUGUGGAGGUCAUUCAGCCUGAGAGAGACUCCAGUUCCCCAGUGACUUCCAGCCAAAGAAGCAGUGGCACAGGGACCAGAGACAUACAAUUGAACAGUGGAUCAUCAUUGCGUGGUCCUUCUUUGCACUGUCAAAAGACUGCUCGUGCUAAAUGGGAAUUCCUAUUUGGGAAGCCUUUUGAAGACCACCAUACAACAGUUCCAGUCUCCUCUAUUGGUCCUUGCAGUGGUGACUCCAAUGAGUCUUCUCGUGAUUUCACAGCACCUCAUUCCAGUGACAGACCAAUAUCUCAGGUCCAGAAUACUUUCAGGCAUGAUGUUCAACAGGUGGAUAUGGAACCAGUCAACCAACCUUUUUCUUCAGCACUGAGCUCAUCCUCUAAGGCUGGCAUCAUUAGGUGCACUAUCAAAUACUCUGAAACCGACCUGGAUGCAGUACCCCUGCGUUGUUACAGAGAGACGGACAUUGACGAAGUUAUACUAGCUGAGCAAGAGGAAAUGGACUCAGCAUUCAGCAGCAACCGUAGCGUACUUGCUACAUCUGCCACCAGCAGUGGCAGUACUUUUGAACGAUCGUUUUGUUCACAGACAAGUGAGGAAGAAGAACAGUUGCAUGAUGAAGAAAUGGUGAGCUGGGCCAGUGUGAGGAUGCACUGUGAUAAGAAGAGGCAUCAAGCUGUGCAGGAAGGAGAAGAAGUGUUCAGCCAUUUGCUUGAAAGUUCGCAGAACAUCCUGUUGGACAGCCAUACUGACCUGAAGUCUCCCAUAACUGUGGAAAGUCCUUCCAGAAUCUCCACAGAUGGCCUUGACUCUUUCAGCCGCCACUUUGAGAGCAUUAUGGAAUCUCAUCGGGCCAAAGGAACUUCUUACAGCAGCCUGGAUAGCGUAGACAUGGCCUCAAGUGGCCCACCUAUCUUUACCUUUGACCUCCCGACAUUGACCCCCGAGAUACAGAGUCAGAUCUGUGAGAGUGCCAAGCAAAUCAUAGAUUUGAGCUUUGCUCCCUUGAGACAAUGUGAAACUCCUAACUUUUUGACCUCUAGCACUUCUGAGGCAUUGUCGGGAGCAGACCAGAGCAUGUCGGAAAUGAAGAGCGAGUUAACAGACAGUGUCCCUAUUGAGAAACACAUUUCAUCUGAGUGUAACAUAGCGAUGACGCAAAGGGAACGAGCUUCAGGACUUGUAUUACAGCCUGACCAUGAGGUGGCACAGCGAUUGGCAGUGGGAAGCUGCAACAUUCCAAUUGAUGGUAAGGCUGAAUUGCAGGCUGCCAAACUGUUGGCCAAACGUCUCUACAACCUGGACGGUUUCAGGAGGUCUGAUAUUGCAAGGCACCUGAGCAAAAAUAAUGAUUUCAGUAAGAUGGUGGCAGAGGAGUACUUGAGUUAUUUUAACUUCUCAGGCAUGAAUGUGGAUCAGGCUCUGAGAGUUUUUCUGAGAGAGUUUGCUCUUAUUGGAGAGACGCAAGAGAGGGAGCGAGUAUUGUGUCAUUUCUCCAGAAGAUACCUCAAGUGCAACCCCAGCACUAUACCAAAGGAAGACAGUGUCCACACUCUGACCUGCGCUCUGAUGCUGCUGAACACAGACCUGCAUGGUCAUAAUGUGGGGAAGAGGAUGUCAUGUGCAGAGUUCAUAAGUAACCUGGAGGGGUUAAAUGAUGGGCAGAAUUUCCACAAAGACCUGCUCAAGGCACUCUAUAACUCCAUCAGGAAUGAGAAGCUGCAGUGGACAAUUGAUGAAGAGGAAGUGCGUAAGUCUGUUUCGGAGUUGGCCGACAGCAGGACAGACUCUGCGUCCCACACUCUGAGGAGGAUUACUAGCGGUGGGACUCCUCUAGUGUCUCUGGCUCAGCAGUCCAAUGCUCAGGUCUACAAGAAAGGCUUCCUCGUUCGCAAGGUUCACGCCGACCCCGAUGGCAAGAGGACGCCUCGAGGUAAGAGAGGAUGGAAGACAUUUUAUGCCAUCCUGAAAGGACUGGUCCUUUAUUUGCAAAAGAGUGACUAUGGCACUCCUAAGCAACUGUGUGAUGAGGACCUGAAGAACGCUGUGUCCAUCCACCACUCUCUAGCGAUGAAGGCAGCAGACUACAGCAAGAGACCAAAUGUGUUUUACCUGCGCACUGCUGACUGGAGGGUCUUCCUCUUCCAGGCCCCCAAUGCGGAGCAGAUGCAGUCCUGGAUCACGCGCAUCAACACGGUAGCUGCCAUGUUCUCCGCCCCUCCCUUUCCAGCCGCCAUCGGCUCACAGAAGAAGUUUAGCCGACCUCUUCUACCAGGCUCCACCACCAAACUGUCCCAGGAGGAGCAGGCAAAAUCUCAUGAAAUGCGCUUCAGGAUCGUGUCCACUGAGCUGCUGGAGCUGCGCACUUUUCCACAGGAGAGGAAGCCCAAAGGGAAGGAGCAAGAAGAGGCCAAGCAGAGGGAGGAGUACUUGGAGUUUGAGAAAACCCGCUACGGGACGUACGCCAUGUUACUCAGAGCAAAGAUUCGCAUGGGUGAGUCGGAUCUGACAGCGUUCGAGGCUCGUUUGUUUACCGAUGGCACUCUGCAGCGCACCAGCUCCAGCCCUACGCUGGCACACGACACCAGCCACGCCAGCGCCAGCAGCUGCAGCUCCAGAAGUAAGAAGAGCAGCCAAAGUGAGGGCCAGAGACACAAGCCAGCCGUGAAACAGUGAGUCCACUAUCCAGGGCGCUUGAUAGAUGCUUUAUGGUGCUCCUGAUCCAGACUGAAGGCCUGAGUAUAGAGCAUCGAUAUGAGGAAAAAUAAUGGCAGUUUGUUCACUACACUGCAGUGGCCGCACACGGCGUGCACUCGGCUCGAGCAGUGCUGGAGGAUGUGAUCAAAGGUGCAGCUUAAAGCUGGGGAUGAGUAGUCACCUCACUUCCUCAUGAAAGCAUGUUGUUGUGGCCAGUGAAUGUAAAACAGGCCUACGGAAGGCAGAGGAGUGUGAAUACAGUAUAGCCAUCCUCCCUUUAUCUUUAUUACCAUUAUAGCCUGGCUUUAUACUUCUCUUAGCUUAACCUGUAUGGUGUAUAAAAGGCAUAGACUACUUAAAACGUUUUUGUGCAUCUUUUUGUCCGAUUUUUUAUUUUUUUUUUGCUCAGACAACAUACAAGAGUGUUCACCGCAAUGGAGAUUCUUUUUCUAACCGUUGUUUGGAGACGAAAAUCAGAGUAUCUUCACUACCUUAUUUACUAAUUUACUUUUUUUCUUUUUCUUGCUUGAACAUAUUUUUACAUAGGAUAAUGUACAUGUAUAGAUUUUUGGAAAUCAUCUUUUGAGCAUGCUUGUGAUGUAAAGACAGUUCUUUCUUUGCAUUCCCAGUGUAUGUUUUGUAUGUUUUUUGUUUGUGUGUGUGUGUAUUGGUUUUUUUUUUGUUUGUUUGUUUGUUUUUUUUACCUGAAAGCACACUACAACAAAAAUUAUUCAUUUUGAGCCAUUCUCGAAAUGGGGUCUGGGAAUCCCAGGGGUCCGUAACGUAUAGCAUGGGGGUCUAAAUUGUCUUUUGUUUUGUUUUGUUUUGUUUUGUUUUGUUUUGUUUUGUUUUGUUUUGUUUUGUUUUGUUUUGUUUUGUUUUGUUUUGUUUUGUUUUGUUUUGUUUUGUUUUGUUUUGUUUUGUGGAACCUCAUAAACUUAAAAACAAACAGGUUAUCAUUAUUUUAAAAAAUAAAUAAAAAAUAAAAAAAUCGAGAUGUAAUAAAUCCUUCUGCUGUCGAAAGAAAUUAAAAAAUAAUCACCAUAAAUAAAUAGCCCAAAUAUAUUAUGCUGGAUUAUGUAUGUAAAAUAAAUCUGUCCUAAGAGGCUUCACAUAUUUUAUUCACAGUUAAAGAAAUGUUUGAGAACCCCAGGAUUUAAGAUAGGAGUGUUGUGUAGACAUACAGGUAACACCAGCAAUUAGUGUUUGUGAGGAUUGUGUAUGCAUUAUGUAUACUGACUGUGAAUGUGGAUGUCUGAUAAACACAGAUUAGACAGGAAAAAAAAAGGAACGUGUUUCUACUGAUGACCUUAUUGUGUGGCAAAGACAUUUUUUCUCAGGCUCCUGUUUUCAAAUACCGCAGUGAUGCCACUUUUUUGCUGCAACAAGGGGGCAGUGGAGGACAGAUAACCUGUAUUACCUCAGCUGUAUUGGAAAACAAUUAUUUAUGUCGAGCUUAAAGGAAUAAUAGCACACGUAUUGAGGCAGACACUUAUGUGAUUGAAUGUCUGUGAAGUGUUUCUUAAUCAUGUAUUUUCUUCAUAGCAGGAACUAAAGAAUCCGAUAUAUUGUAAAACAAAACAAAACAAAAAAAUGUUACCAGGUAGGUCACAAAGAGCUAUAAUGACUGUUAGAGCUACAAUCUGAAAACAAGCAUACAGACUGCUGACAAGUUAAAGGAAAAUAACAGUGAAUCUGGAUCAAUUCAGUUUGUAAUUCGAAGGUCCUGCGAAUUAAACUUCCAAUCAUUAGUCCAAAAUGUUAACUUUCUAAGACCCUAGGCAUUUUGCAUGCAAGGUCGCUUACACAUAUCGGCUGCAGGCAAAAAAGUGAGUUCAAUUCAUUAUAUAUUUUACUUUUAUUCUCUGAUGAAUCAUUCCUCUCUAUCCUUAUGGAGUGGUCUUGACAUAUCCGCAGGGCACAGGAGCACACUGAAUGGUAUGUUGAGGAUGAAAAGGUUGUAAAUUGUUUACUAUGACCUUCACGCUUAGCAGAUCUCAACCCAGAGGAACUCCUAUGUAAUAAUCUGGAACGACGUGUUAUUACAUCUGUAAUAUCGUUUAGAAACAUGAUGAUCAUCUCUCCAGUAAACAGAAUGUGUGCCAGGUUACACUGAAGCUGUUUAGGCAGGUCAUUGUGGCCCGACACACUAAAGUUUUUCCUUUCAUUUGUCACCUGUCUGUAUUAAGACUGACUUAAGACCUAAAUCACGAUCUAUAGCACUUAAUUCACGAUGCCCCAAUGCACUUUGGGUAAUGUUUGUUCAGGCUUUAAUGAAUGACGUGAGAUCUAUUUAUAUAUUGUGGAGAUUUAUAAUUCAUGUCUUGCUGAGUAUGUGUUUAAGAUGAAAUGUUUUGACUUUGACAAGUUUUCCAGUGUUUUUACAGUGAGCACUGAGCAGCUCAGUGGCACCACAGUGGUCUACUGUACGUUUUAAUACUGUAACUUUUUAUGUUAGUUCAGUGUUUGCUUGUAAUUUUACAUACUGUAUUAUGUUUCAGAUGCUCAAUAAUAAAACCGUUAUGCUCUA